AUGGUUUGCAUCGUUUAUCCUUCUGGGAUGGAGAGAGAUUGUGAUAUCGUUGACUUGGAUCAGCCCUCCCUUGGUGCAGUGAUCAAUAUCAAAGAUGGCUCAUCGCCCACAGAUAUUUCCACAACGUCUAGCACUACGGAAGACAAACUUUGUUCCGCCUGCGGCUGUCUUAUCAAAGAUCGGUAUAUCUAUAGAGUAAUGGACGAAAGUUACCAUGAAACUUGUUUGCGGUGCUAUUGUUGCCAGUCUUCACUCAGCUCCUUCAAGAAGUGCUUCUCACGACAUGGAAACAUCUAUUGUGAACAGGACCAUCAAAUGUUAUUUGGGAAACGAUGCAGAAGAUGUAUGAUACUGCUCUCCCCUACUGACAUCGUUCAUCGUGUUCAUUAUAUGUACUACCAUGCGCAAUGUUUCAGCUGCUGCUCUUGUCAAGGACCAUUUAAUUUGGGUGACGAAUAUCAUGUAUUCGAUAGUGAAGUAUUCUGUCGGAAUGACUACCAAGCUAUUUGCAAUUUUGGAACAACAUCUGAAUCCAUGCUUGAAGAUGUGGUACGCUCUGAACAUCACCGAAAAACCCCAAAACGGCCCAGAACAAUCCUUAAUGCACAACAAAGGCGACAGUUCAAAACUGCAUUUGAGAGAAGUUCUAAACCUAGUCGAAAAGUUCGUGAGCAACUCGCUAAUGAAACCGGUUUGAGUGUUCGGGUGGUUCAAGUUUGGUUUCAAAACCAAAGAGCCAAGAUCAAAAAGAUGAACAAAAAAGAUUCUGACUCCACGGAUACCUUCAAACAUGGUCCUGGAAGUGAAGGCAGAAGUACGGAAGAUAUCAGAAGCUCGGAUGAUGAGGAGGAAUCUAUUAUUAAUCUUGAUGGAGACGACAUGGAAUCAUCGGACAACUCAAACUACACUGACCCAAUUCAGAAGCUAUACAACAUGACCUCAUCUCAAGUAUAUUUUCCAUAUCAUUCUUGA